GCAAAAAUGGAUGACUUCAUUGAUUAAAAUCAUAAGACCAUGGAGGGGAAGCUUAUGCGUACAGUGCAGUACAAUGGCUAUGGCGGUGGAGCUUCCGCCUUGAAGCAUGUUGAAGUUCCUGUUCCUAGGCCUGGUAAAGAUGAAAUGCUGCUGAAAGUGGAAGCGGCGAGCAUUAACCCUAUUGACUGGAAAAUUCAGAGCGGCAUGCUUCGCCCUUUGUUCCCUCGGAAAUUUCCUAUGAUACCUGGCGGUGAUGUUGCCGGAGAAGUGGUUGAGGUUGGGGAGGGAAUUAAAAACUUCAAACCCGGUGAUAAAGUUAUCACCGUGCUGAACCCAACUUCAGGAGGUGCAAUGGCAGAGUACUGUGUGUGCAAGGAGACUUUAGUAGUUCUGAGGCCUCCCGAAGUCUCCACGGCCAAAGGCGCAGCCCUCCCCGGCGCAGGCCUAACAGCUCUAACAGUCAUCACCGAAACUGUGGGGAUUAAACUCGACGGAAAGGGCCCCCAAAAGAACAUCCUGAUCACAGCAGCCUCAGGCGGCGUCGGUCUUUACGCUGUUCAAAUUGCAAAGAUGGGGAACGCUCACGUCACAGCCACGUGCGGUGCCCGUAACAUCGAUUUAGUGAGAAGCCUCGGAGCAGACGAGGUUCUCGAUUACAAGACCCCAGAAGGAGCUGCUCUGAAAAGUCCUUCGGGCAAGAAGUACGACGCAGUGAUCCACUGCGCUACUGCUACGCCAUGGUCAGUCUUCGAGCCGAACCUCAGCCCGAAUGGGAAAGUGUUCGAUCUCACUCCCAAGUUUGCCGCCUUCUGCACCGUCGCCUUGCAGAAAAUCACCUUCUCGAAGAAACAGCUGGUGCCGUAUUUCCUCGCGAUUAAACCGGAGAACUUGCAGUCCGUCAUCGAGUUAGCGAAAGAUGGGAAACUGAAGACGGUGAUCGACUGUGAGGUUCCUCUGAGUAAAGCUGAGGAUGGUUGGGAUAAGUCGAUGAGCGGCCAUGCCACCGGUAAGAUCAUCGUCAAGCCUUAAUUUAGAAAACUAAAUUUCAAUCUUGUUGUGGUGUGGUCUGGUGUGAUCUGAUGUUAUGUUGAAGAAUUUUUAGUUGCAAGAAAGUUGGCUGUAUGGUUGUUUGGUUUAUAGAUCAUAUGUAUGUAUUUACAAAGAGUCGAGGAUGUUUUCUGCACUCUGUCAGUUUAUUUUUUAUAUGCUUUAAUUUAGUAGUCUUGUUAAUUUCUGUUC